CUUGCUUUUGUCGAUCAACGCUUCAGUACAAUGAAUUGCCUUUCAUUCCUGCAAUCUGCCACCCAUCCACGCUUUUCUUUUUCGUAUUCCAUUCCAUCACAUUAUUCUUGCGCCUCUCACACAGCUCCACUUUCCCUCGAGCAGCGGCCCGCUUGCGCUACAUUCGAUUGGUCUGUCCCGCACUCUUGACGUGCUACAUCUUUCAACAAUCAACCAAAUCAGACAAUCACGCAGUGCUACGAGACAGGCCAUUCUUCACGCACGUCUGACUAUCCUUCGGGCCGUCAGAACCAGCCGAAGAUUUCAAAAAAUUCAAAAGACCAACUUCCAACCGCCACCAUGGCCGUGGGAGCAGAUGUCGAGCGCACAUCCAUCUACAAGCGAGUCGCCAUCAUCGGCAGCGGCUGCGCAGCCCUCGGCGCCGCCUACGCCAUCAAAGACACCGACUACGAAGUGCACAUUUUCGAAAAAGACGCCCGGCUCGGCGGGCACACCAACACCCAGACUUGGACGAAGAAUGGCCACUCGACUCCCGUGGACACGGGCUUCAUCGUCAUGAACUCGGCGACGUAUCCCAACUUUAUCAACUUCUUGAACGACGUGGGGGUCCCGAUCAAGGCUACGGAGAUGAGUUUUGCUGUGUCGCGGGAUGAGGGCAAGCUCGAGUGGAGUGGAAGUGGGAGGGGAAUUUUUGCACAGAGGCGGAAUCUUUUUCGAUUAGGGCACUGGCGAAUGAUUCUUGAUAUUAUGCGAUUCGAACAGCAUGCGUUGGACUUGCUGCGGAGAGAUGACGAGGAGGCGCGGAGUAUCACCAUCGGCCGAUAUCUAACCAAGGAGGGCUACUCGCAGGCUUUCAAAGACGACUACUUGAUCCCCAUGACGGCGGCGGUUUGGAGUACUUCGCCUGACAAGACGAGUCUGGAGUUUCCGGCGCAGACACUUAUCCGGUUCAUGUGGAACCAUCACUUGCUCUCGACCGUUUCCAGAAGGCCUGACUGGCUGACUAUCCCCGGCGGCUCUCAGCAAUACAUAGACGCCAUCGUCCAAGCAUACCCCAAAGGUCGCCUCCACAUCCACCGCUCGGCCCAAGUCAUCGGCAUAAACCGCAGUCCUCCCGGAACCAACAUGCCCGCGCGCCUCUACUGGCAACAGAACGACCAAACCCCCGCAACAACGCACAACGACACCUUCGCCCACGUCAUCUUCGCCUGCCACGGCGACCAAAUCCUCCCCAUUCUCACUGGCUCCCCCAAGGACCAGCCCAACAACACCGCCACCCCCGAAGAACGCGCGCUCUUCUCCGCCUUCCAAACCACGCGCAACGAAUGCUACCUCCACUCCGACCUCUCCCUCAUGCCCACCCGCCCCGCCACCUGGAGCUCCUGGAACUACCUCAUCUCCACCUCGCACGGCCCGCCGUCGAAACUCCCGCACCCGGCAGGCGUCAGCUUAACCUACAAUAUGAACAUCCUCCAGCACCUCUCGCGCAAACUCUACGGCGACGUGCUCGUGACCAUGAACCCCCCGCAUCCACCCGUAGCAGACACCAUCCAAGGAACCUUCUCCUACGAACACCCGCUUUACACCGUCGCGGCCGUGCGGGCGCAGCAGGAACUCGAGACCCUGCAGAAUAAGCGCGGCGUCAGCUACGCUGGCGCGUGGACCAAGUACGGCUUUCACGAGGAUGGGUUUAGUAGUGGGGUUAGAGUUGCGAUUGAGCAUUUGGGCGCUACGGUGCCGUUUGAGUUUGUCGAUUCGACGUUUAGUCGGGGCGCGGUGCCGCCGGUGCCUGCAUUACUUGAUCUGCUUGUCAGGCUUGUGGUGUGGGUUUUGGGGUUGGGAGUGAGGUUGUUGGAGGGGGUUUUGGGGUUGCCUGGGGUCGGGCUGUUGGUUGCGCUCGUCACCUUCGUUCCGUUGAAGAUGGUGGAAACUUUGGAGACGGCGGGGGUUAUUGCUUAGCAGCGGUGGUGGUGUGGAUGACGCCGUCGUUGAUGUCGUAGAUACCCCACUCUAUAGAGCGAUAGAUUAGACUCCACUGCGAAUAGACACAUGAAGAAUUGUGA